GGGGUUGGACCUGGACCCGGGAAGAACAAUCCAGCGAGCGAGAAAAAGUGGGACGAAUCCAAUCCAAGCCAGAGCGCCGAGCGCGAGCUCAGGGAAGGCAAACCGUUCCGGCCCAAUCCAGUCCUGUCGGAUCACCGAGUCGCAACGAGGGAGGAGGAGGAACGCGGCGAGCCGGCGAGGUUUAAGCAGGGUUUGUCCCGUCUUGUCUCCUCCCGUGCGAUUCAGCUCUCGCCGUGGGAGGAGGAGGAGGGGUCGCCGGCGGCGGGACGCGCCGAUGCGGAAGUUCCAGGACUCCGUCAAGGCCCUCGAGGCCGACAUCGAGCACGCCAAUGCGCUGGCGUCGGAGUUCCUGAGAGACUACGACGGGUCGUUCAUCCAGAUGCGGAUGGCGUACAGCGCCGUCGCGCAUUUCCUCGUGCAGUGGACCGACUGCAAGCUCGCCGGCGCGCUCGGCCUCCUCAAGGUCAUGCUGUACAAGGUGUACGCGGACGGCUCGUCGGCGCUUCCCGACUGGGAGAGGGAGGCCAGCAUCAGGGAGUUCUACGGCGUCAUAUUCCCGUCGCUGCUGCAGCUGCCAAGCGGGAUCACCGAGCUGGACGACAGGAAGCAGAGGAGGCUCUGCCUCAAGAAAUUCAGGAGCAGGGACGAGGAGCUCUCGGAGGUGGACACGGAGAGGGAGCUCGAGUGCGGCAUCUGCCUCGAGGUCAACAGCAAGGUCGUGCUGCCCGACUGCGCCCACACGCUCUGCAUGCGGUGCUUCGAGGAUUGGAACGCCAAAUCCAAGUCCUGCCCGUUCUGCCGCGCCUGUCUGGAGGAGGUGAAGCCGGGCAGCCUGUGGAUGUAUACCGACGACAGCGACGUUGUGGAUAUGGAUACCUUGACAAGGGAGAACAUCAGGCGGCUAUUCAUGUACAUAAAUAAGCUGCCCCUUGUAGUCCUGCAUGUAGUUGACCUUGACAUUUACCAGUACCGUAUCAAGUAAACUUGACUGCUCCUUGUUCAUAGCUUCAUACACCAGCUCUUCCUUUCGAUUCCAUGGCCUGUCAGUGUCAUGUAUACGGCCAUGAUAGUGCACGCAAAGAGCGUAGAAUGGUCUGUUAAUUUUAGAGAUUGCCAGAUUCAGCCAUUCAGAUGUGUUGCAGUACUCGCGCGUGGUGGUGUUGUGGAGUGGUGGAGAGGUCUGUUACUGUUAAGGUCCCGUUCAGGAGUAGAAGAAACACAGCAAUAGAUUAGGAUUGCAAGUGUAAAAUAGAGGAAUGAAAAAUACGGGAAUUUUAUAGUC